AUGGCCUGUGAAACUGAUAUGAAUAGCACUCAGCCAGAAAAUACUACUCAGCAACACCAGACCAAUAAUACCAUUAAUAUCAUCCAAAUUAACACACAGAAAAGCAAGGCAGCUUGUUCACAGCUGAUCCAGACUGCUAACGAGAGGAAUAUCGACAUAAUAGGGAUACAGGAGCCCUAUUACAUUAAAAAUAAAAUAGUACGGUCUGGAAGGUGGAGGGUGAUCACUGGUAAUACGAAUACGAGGCCAAAAAGCGGCAUAAUAGUGUGUAAUCCUAACAUCGAUAUAGCUAAAAUCCACCACCUCUGCAGCGAUAAAAUAACAACAGCUAUAAUACAAUUGACCAAACCAGUCAUUCUAAUCUGUGCCUACCUCUCACCUGAAGAGGACGACGAGGAAUGCAUCAGGGACUUAUCCAACGUACUAAGAAAAAUUAAAAAUAAAAAUAUGAUUAUUAUUGGGGACCUAAAUGGCAAAUCACCAGUCUGGUUCCAUGAAAAGGAGGACAGGAGAGGCAGGAUGAUCACAGAUAUGAUGAAGGAAUUCAAUCUCAUCUCCACUAAUAUGUCAACCCACCUUACGUUUUUUACACCGUUUGCGAAAGGCUGGACAGACAUUUGUUUGGUCUCGAGCAACGUAAGUCAUAAGAUCGACAACUGUGAAACUCUCCUCUCCCCAUCGGCCAGUGACCACCGGUACAUUAUAACACAAGUACAGGACAGUACCACAAAAGUGAACAACAAGACAAAUUAUUUUCAAAUCAGACAAACAAAUUGGGCCAUAUUCAGACAUGAAUUCGCCAAGAACUGGCAUCAAUACGAUUUUCCCACGAUAAACAGUCACGAAGAUAUUGACGAUUAUGCUAGCCACUUUACAAACGCACUAAAAACAGCUGGUGAAAAAGCACUCAGCUACAAAAAGGUCCCACCAAGGAAGACUCAUUGGUGGAACGACGCACUGAGUCGAAUGAAACAGAAGGUUAAUAGAAUAAGGAAAAAAUAUAUAAAAAGAAAGAACACCGGUGAAGAAAAUAACUAUAAAAAUAAAUAUAAGGACAUCCUUAAGCAAUAUAAAAAACAAAUAAACAAAACCCGGACUAAUUCGUGGAGGAAGUUCUGUACGGAUUCCAAUAGCAACGGCCCAUGGGAGCUACCUUACAACAUCAUUAUUAAGAAGCAGAAAACAUCAUACCUCCCUGAUAUCAUGGAUACUGACAACGAAUCAGACAUCAACACCAACAUCAAAGAUAACGUUGAAAAAAUUCUAAGAUUCCACUUCCCUAACGACAACCACGAAAACGACACUAGGAAUCAGGAAAAUAUCCGCAAUAGUAUCCAGAGCCCGAAUAGCAAUACAAACGAUAGACUCUUACUUUCAGAGAAGUAG